GUAGCGCGCACACGUGCUCUAAGAACAGUGAUCUGCGGCUGCGCAAAACAUGGAGCGACCCGGAAAAUCCCGCUUCAUGUUAGCGCCCGGUGAAUAAACUGCAUUGGAUGUGAACAGAAGACUGCAUGAGUGAAGGUUUUUGGAGAGACAAGGCAUCACCACUUUUGAAAAAAUGGAGGAGGACAUCCACACUCCUGAAGGCAACGCUAAUGUUGUUGGUGGAAAGAAAAGUCACACGUGUGAGCAGUGUGGAAUGUCCUUUAAGAAACACAGUCUCUUUUUAAUCCAUGAGCAGAACCAUAAGGGCCCAUUCAACUGUGAGACCUGCGGCAAGAAGUUCAUCUUCUACAAAAAGCUUGAAACUCAUCGUCUCACUCACAACUUAACUUUCCCCUGUGAUGAGUGUGGAUUGACCUUUGACACCCGGACCUUGCUUGGAGUUCACAAAAAAAAACACAUGGAAAAGACUUACACUUGUACAGACUGUGGAAAGGCGUUUUUGUAUGAAUCUGCUCUGAAAAAUCACAAACUAAAACAUUCAACUGAGCGACUGUAUGCGUGUACCCAAUGUGACAAAAUGUAUAAAUCUGAACUCACUUUAAAAGUGCAUCAAGACAUUCACAAUGGAAAAAGGUAUAGUUGUGACCAAUGUGAGAAAUCCUUUAGCUCAAAUGGUCAACUUACUUUUCAUAAACGAUUCCACACAGGAGACCGCCUUUACUCCUGCGAUCACUGUGAUAAAAAGUUUGCAGUACUACAGUCAUACAAAAGCCACUUGCUAACACAUACCGGCGAAAGACCGUUUGCAUGUGAAGAUUGUGGCAAAAAAUUUUUUACAAAAGGAAUGCUAACUAUUCAUCAAAGACUGCACACUGGUGAUCUGUUUGGAUGUGAUCAAUGCGCGAUGAAAUUUACCACUAAAUGUAAACUAAAAUCACAUAAGCUUGUGCACAGUGAAAAAAAACAUUACCAAUGUGAUGAGUGCGAUAUUUCAUACAAAUUGCUUUCAAGUUUAAAGAGCCAUAAACUCACCCAUGAGGGGAUCAAACCUUACACUUGUGAUCAGUGUGGGGCGAGCUUCACGGUACGAAAAGCAUUGGCAAGGCAUAAAAGACUUCACUUUGCUGAAAGAAAAUUUGGAUGUGAGCUGUGCGGUAAAAUGUUUCUGUUCAACGCACGACUGAAAAGUCACAUGGCGUUCCACUCGGACGAAAGACCACACGUCUGUAAAGAGUGUGGGAAGUGUUACAAAGACCCCAACUCCUUACGGAACCAUCGGAAGACCCAUGAUGAGACAAAACGCCCUAAAUGCGAUAAAUGUGGAAAGGUGUAUAUGAGUAGAGAUGCAUUAAACCGUCACAUACGCAGUCACAGUGGCAUUUCCUAUAGUUGUACUGAGUGUGGGAAAGUUUACAAAGAUCAAUAUUCUUUUCAGUUGCACCUAAACAUGCACUCAGGAAACCAACUUUACCAUUGUGAAAAGUGUGGUAAAGGGUUCACAAGAAGGAAAUUCUUACUCCGACAUGAAUUGACUCACUCAGAUGUUAAAGCACAUAGCUGUAGCUUCUGUGGCAAGGGAUUUAAGAGGCAAGACGUUCUUAAGAGUCAUAUAAUGUGUAUUCACGAGAAGAAAACGUACAAGUGUGAAGAGUGUGGGAAAUCCUAUAAAGAUAAAAAUACUUUGAAAACACAUUUAAAUACGCACUCAAAAGAAACUACCUUCCCAUGCGAUGAGUGUGGUAAAAAAUUUUUACUAAAGGCUAGCCUUCGGGUUCAUAAAAUUAUCCAUGAGGAAGAUAAGCCGUUUGACUGUGAACUUUGCGGGAUGAGUUUCGGAAGUAAAGAUAUAUUGAAAAAACAUUACAUAUCCCACACGGACGAACGGAAACACGCUUGUGAUGAGUGUGGACGGAUGUUUAAACAAAUCUCGACGUUAAAGAAUCAUAAACUUACUCAUGUCCCAAAAUUGUAUAAAUGUAAACAGUGUAGAUGCGCAUUCGCCAAGCCAGAGGAGAUGGAAAAACACAUCGAAACACACAAAAACAAAAAACCUCCAAAAAUGGUGGUAUGCGAGAAAUGCGGAAAGAGUGUAACACAUCGGAGAUUCAGAGUCCAUUACAAUUCUCAUACUAAGGAGCUUCUAUUUCCAUGUGAAUGGUGUGAUAAAAUCUGCUUUAGUUCUAACUCACUAAAAACUCACCUGGUAACCCAUAGCAACAAAGAGGAAAAAAAGGACAAAAAACUGGACCAAAACCUCAAGAAACACAAAUCUGAUGAUGCUAAUACUAUGUUCUUAUCAGACAAGAGCCCACUAAAGCGACUGGAAAUCCGGCUUCACAGGGUACAGAUGGUGGUAGCAUUGGGGAAGAGGGUUACAAUUUUGGAAUAAUUGAGAUUUUUAAGUGUUGUGAAAAUGCAUUUCAUUUUUGUUCUUUCUUGAAAAUUUGAAUUCUGUUCAGUUGACAAUUUUUUCAGAUUUUCUAAAUAAGACGGGUAUUUUGUUUUGCUUAAAUAUUUUGCCGCUUUUGCUUUUAAAGUAUGCAUAUUACACCAUUUUCUGAUCUACGGUGCUGUGAAAAAGUAUUUGCCACCUUCUCUUGGAUCAGGAAGGUCACUGUAUUAUAAUGAUGUUUCCUUUAACACACAAUCCCUGCAUAUUUAGGUUGAGUUCCUCUCUCAAACAGAAAGCACUGUUCCACCUUGUGAUGUCAUGUGGUAAUACAGGAAGUGCUCCACUGUUUUUAAACUCCAUAUAACUUCACUAGAAUCAUUUGGAUAAUUUGAGCCCCAGAACUGUCCAUCUCUACUGAACAAAAUUUAAAAGAGGCUCUGUUACGCUUACAACUACCACUACUCACAAGGUGGAACAGAGCAUUUGGAGCUUUGGGGAUGUAAACAGACUAAUACUAAAGGGUUACUCAGACAUGUGUAAAGGAAACAAAACACAACUCCAGGUUUGUUUUUGAGGAGGUAACAGUAUUAUAACAUGGCUAUGUGAACCCAAAAAGAUGAAGAAUAAUGUUUUAUAGCGUUAUACAAUCUAAACUAUAACUACUUUGUAUAUGUUGUGGUAGUUUCUCAGCUCCAAAUUUUGAAGGGCAAAAAGAGCAAUUUUUAUUUUCAGUUAUUGCUUUUAUUAUUGACUGCAGAAGGAAUGUGAUAGUGAGAUAUGGAACUUUUGAAGCUCUGUAUUUUGCUGUAUUUUUUACUUUAUUUUUUGUUACGCAGUCAGUGUAUUGCAAAUAGGUUGAAAUAAACUUUACGUACUAAUA